CCUCUGCAGUUUGUGUCCAGGUCGCAUGGCUUCGAUGCCGCAGCUCCCGCUUCGGCUUCACGUUCAUGUGCGAAAGUUUGACAUCACGUGUGACCCGCACAGUCCUGCUUCUGCCCUCAUAACACAGGCUAAGGCGUUGUCGGUCGCUCACCCCAACAUCACGCUCGAAGUGCUCUUCAACAAGUCUCGCCGAUGCGUGGUCGACUUGCGCCAGCCUAUUCACACCAGCAUUCGCCCUCACGAUGAAGUCGAAGCUACCUCCAACUUGCUUGUGCCAGACGAUUCGUUCAUAAACCAAUUGCCACCGUCAGUGAAGGUCAAUUCCAGCAACAGCAGCCACCGCUUUUUUCAGCAGUUAUGUGCCCUUGACGGCAUGGGUCAGCAAGCUGUCAAUGCCUAUGCCCGUCAGGAGCAGGCCAAGACGACAACCAGCGCUCGAUUCGUAUCCCUCCUGCAUUUGUACUACACGACGCCGCAUGAUGACAAUGCCUACUUGCUUGCGCAACCAGCACCACCGUUGACACUUGCCCGCGCGGUGCUACGUCGAGAUAGUCACCGAGGAAUGGACAAGGCUCCGCCGUUGUCCCCCGGUACAAUCUCCUCGAUGGCCACGGGCAACUCGUCCGACUCGGAAGGAGCAUCCCCGGUCGCACAGCCGGAGAAAUGCAGCGAAGUCGUCGAUGAGUUUGACGUGAUAUUCACUCAAAGUGCUAUCGGCCUCAAGCUCGCCAUGGACCCCACGCGAAAAUAUCCAACAGUUCAAGAAUGCCUCCCCAAUUCUGAAGCCGCUCGAUACCCCGCGAUCGUGUCCGGCGUUGCGAUUCUGACAGUCAACGGCGACACGGUCGUGUCGAUGGGGCUCACAAAAACUCUGGCCAAACUGCGCGACGCCUCGCGUCCCGUCGUGAUCCGGUUCGGCCGCCUUAAGGCAGCCGCUGCGUCGUGGCACGAUGUGUUGUAGAGGGUGUUGUUGGCCCUCCUUCCCCGCCCCUUGUGUUUGAUGUAUCAAUAUUAAUUACGCUUGUACACUAGAAACGAUUCGCUUAUCCCCGUAUUCAUUGCGCACAUGACGUCGAUGCCGAACACACAACAUGAAAGCACUGGCACUGGCAAGCAAGGCGUACCCGGACAUUUGUCGCUCGUUGUCUGCUCCGCAUGAAUCCAACUACUGAUCCGCGAG